CUCUCUCUCUCUCUCCACCAUUGUUUAAUCUAUGGAAAUGGAUAUGUUCAAUAUAAUAAUGGCCAUGGUUUCAUGCUUAGAGAGCUCUCCUUGGUAUAAACCUGAGAGUAAGAAAGGUAUAGGAGAAUGAGUUAAUCCACCUCCCCCCAUCGCUCUCUCCCCACUCUUUCUCUGUCCAUGGCCUUUUCUCCUCCACCUCCGAGAAGGCUAAUAAUGGCGUGGGUAUCUUCUGUUCUCAUGCUUUGUUGGUUUCUUUUCCCAUUUAUCCCCUCAUCAGGUGAGGCCCAUUACUCUUCUUUUGGUAGCAACUUUGUGUGUGUCUGUGUGUGCGUGUAUGUGUGUGUGGUUUUGAUCCUGUGUUCUCUGUGGUCAUGCUCUGUUUCUGGGUUUUUAGCACAUGGAUUCAGCAAAGUAAGGGGAGUGAACUUGGGAGGGUGGCUUGUGGUGGAAGGGUGGAUUAAGCCUUCUCUGUUUGAUGGGAUCCCUAAUGGAGACAUGCUUGAUGGUACCCAAGUGCAAUUCAAAUCAGUGGUGCUUCAGAAGUUCGUUAGCGCGGCCGGCGGCGGAGGCUCCAAUGUGAUGGUGGACCGGGAUAUUGCGUCUUCGUGGGAGACCUUCAAGCUCUGGAGAGUGUCCGACAAAGAAUUUCAGUUUCGAUGCUUGAAUGGUCAAUUUUUAACAUCAAACAGUGGAGGUGAUUUAAUCACAGCAACGGCAGAUACACCAGCAAUGACUGAAACCUUCUAUAUUGAAAGAAAUAAUGCAAGAGUUCACAUCAAACUUUUGACUGGAGGCUAUGUGCAAGCGACAAUGGAUAAUCUGCUUACUUCAAAUUAUCAAUUGGAACCAGGGUGGGAUGAUAAUUCCGCGACAUUUGAAAUGAUAAUUGUUGCCAAUACCUUGCACGGAGACUACCAGCUUGCCAAUGGAUAUGGGUACAACCAAGCCAGUGACGUCUUGACAAGACAUAGAGACAGCUUUAUUACUGCAAGUGAUUUUGAUUUCCUCUCCAAGUGUGGUAUAAACACGGUUAGGAUUCCCGUUGGAUGGUGGAUUGCCCAAGAUCCUUAUCCACCAGCUCCUUUUGUUGGAGGAUCCUUGGCCGCUCUGGACAGAGCUUUUUCGUGGGCACAGACUUAUAACUUGAAGUGCAUCAUUGAUCUCCAUGCUGCUCCGGGCUCCCAAAAUGGGAAUGAACAUAGUGCUAGCAGAGAUGGUUCAGUAGACUGGCCGUCACCAGAUUACAUCUCACAAACUUUGCAUGUCAUUGACUUUUUGUCUGCAAGGUAUGCAAACCAUCCUUCUCUGUUAGGCAUCGAGCUUUUGAAUGAACCUUCUGCUCCUGCUGUUCCGCUGGAUGUUUUGGCUUCUUUUUACAGGAGAGGGUACGAAAUUGUUAGAAAUUAUUCAUCUACAGCGUAUGUUAUAAUGUGCCAGAGAAUAGGAAAUACAGACCCUAUGGAGCUUUUUCAGGCAAAUAUUGGUGUUUCAAACAUUGUUGUCGAUCUACAUUAUUAUAACCUCUUUGAUCCAUUUUUCAACAACUUCAACGCGCUGGAGAAUAUUCAGUUUAUAUUCAAAAGCAGAGCACCACAGCUGCAAGCCCUGAAUAGUCUAAAUGGGCCUCUUGUCUUUGUUGGUGAAUGGGUAAAUGAGUGGAAUGUACCAAACGCGUCGCAGAUUCAAUAUCAGUUGUUUGGAAGAGCCCAGUUAGAUGUCUAUAACAAUGCCUCCUUUGGCUGGUCAUAUUGGACCCUGAAAAAUGAUAGAGUGCAUUGGGAUUUCGAGUGGAAUAUAAAGAACAAGUACCUUUCUCUUGGUAAAUCGUCGGUAAAACGCCCAAACUACCUUUUGGUUCUUGCAUUGGUAUGUGGGGCAUACCUAUUGAUAUUAUCUGGUGUGACAGGAUAACUUUGCGAGCGUGCAUUUCGGAUCUUCCUUCUAUCAAAUAUAUUUUCUUUUUCUGAGAUUUUAAUUUUUUUAAUCCGUAAACCACAUAAAUUACUAUACUGCAUAUUUUUUAAAAUUGCAUGAUCAUCCAAUUAUCUGUAAAAUAUCUUGUGAAGAGAAUUACUAGCAUGAAACGUUCUUUUUCUCAAGAAGUUUAGCAAUAAAGUCUUAUAGCUAGUUACCUUGAUACACAUGACUGAAUAAUGUUAAUAGAUGGUUUUGGUUUAAA